AUGCGCUGGUUUACAUGUUUCUGUGUGCUGCUAUUAUCUAUAGCGAGUACAUCAGCAGACUGGUCAUGGGGUGGAGAUGAUUCCAAAAAAGAUGUGACAUCCAAUGAUAAACCAACCGAACUAUUGCAAGGCGAGGAGUUAGAUGCACAAGACAAAAACUUCAAUUCAAAUGGAACUGUUCUUGAUGAUAUCGUAGAUGAAUUGGUUAGCAAUAAACAAGGCAGAAGUUUGAGCGGAUUUGACGAUGUGUAUAGUGACCCAACUAUCAAGGAAGCGUUGGACUCUGGUGACGAUAGCGAAGCAAGAAAUUUGAUCAAGGGCCGACUGUGUACUUUGGGAUUAAUACAAUGUGAAGAUGAUGACACUCAAGAAAAGAGAUUUUUAUCACCAGACGAACUCAUUUAUGCUCAACCCGUUGACAUUAAGCCCAUUGGCAAACCUAUCGCUUCCAUACCUAUUCGUGGACCUCCAAGAGCUUAUGGACCCCCAAAGCCUAUGCUGUACCCUCCACGUCCCCAGAAGAUUCCAUCAAAGAGGCCUGGAUAUGGAAAUGUACGUCCCGGAUUUUCGGAGAAGUAUGGAGUAGCCGGUAACAACUAUCAAUUUUCACAAAGCAGUGGCUCGUUUAAUGGAUAUGAAGCUAAUUACGUCACAAAACCACCAAGUUUUGCAAACAAUGAACCCUACAAUUUUGAACAUUCAAAACCAACCUACAACAAAAUACCCUCAGGAAACAACAAUAUUAAAUCGGAGUCUGUUGUACAACAACACGUUCAUCACCACUAUGUUCACGAUGAUUCUAGUAAAGAACCUAAGGUUAUAAUCAAGCCUGUGGCUAUACCAGUUGGAUCUGUAGGACAUUUAUCAUCUCAAGUAAACUCUCAAUCGUCAUCAGACAUCCUAACAGCAGCUGGAGGAGAUUUUAAUUCAUUUAAUUCAGGAGGAUUCAAACCUAUGACUAGCGGUUUUUCACCCAGCAGCAAACCUGUCUACGAAUCUGAUACUAUCUAUGGAUCUCAAUACAACCACAAUAACUAUAACAAGGGCAGUUCUAACGUUUUCAAUCAAGGCUUACCAAAUCAAUUCGGCAGCAAUACUUUUGAAGAGCAAAAAUAUGGAAAUUCACUAGGCUCUUAUGCAUCUCAUGAGUUUUAUAAAAAAGAACUAAAUGUAGGCUCCAGCGGCAACUUAUACACCCAAGGUCCGGCAACAUUUUCACAAAAUAAUUUGUACCAACAAAAUCAACAUGAAGCCAAAGCUCAAGGAUUUGAAUGUGUGUGUGUAAAAUACGACCAAUGUCCAAGCCAAGAAAUUAUUGGACGCCGAGACGACUUGUAUUUACCAAUUGAUCCUCGUAACAAAGGUUCCGAAAUAUUAGCUUUAACUGAAGAACAACUAGACGGAGCCAAUAAAACUUCCGACGAGGUCAAUGUCAGUCAAAAUUCCACUGAGACAAAGAAAAUUAGUAAACGAGACGUUGAUGAAGCUAAAACUAAAGAGGCUGCAAAGGAAAUUGAACCGCGCCUUCUGGGGUUAGCCGGAUAUGGAGGCAAUGGCGGUAAUAGCGACAAAAAAGUGCAGCCCACGUUUGGUGUUUCUUUUGGGUUGCCCCAGCCCUCCCAUAGCUAUCCCAUUAAUCCUUUCAACUCAAAUCCUUUACACAAUCCAUACGGGCCCGCAUUAAAUGGAGGCGGUCUUAAUUUAGGCUUGUUAUCAGUUAAUCCACUAUUAGCUGUUCAAGUGACGAAAAAUGAUUACGGGGAAAAGGUAGUAAAACCUUUUGUAAAUUUGCAUGUGACUCCAAAUGAACAUGUAGUUAAUAAACUCGGUCACAUAUUCCACGAAAAAAAGGCAUACCUUUUGAAUAAACAUGAACACUACCAUCAUUAUAAUCCCCAUCCUUACCAGCCUUAUCCUCAUAGGCCAUACGUCCCGCACCCUGUAGGCUAUUCUGACCAUUAUGGUUUACAUAGACCACAUUCUUACUCCCCGCAUUUUCCGCAUUACGAUGCUGGUCACUAUCGCGUUAAUCCAUACAAUGCACCUUCUGAUAAUGAUGACUAUUAUGAUGAUGAUGACGAUAAUAGUUACAACACUGCUAUAGGCUAUAAUCAUCAAAAUUUCAAUUAUGCCAAAUCUGCUCAAACUAAAGAGAGCAAUGACCAAAAUGAUAAUUACGCAAAUAGAUAUUCUUAUUCGCGUUCCCUAACUAUUCCUUCACAAUCUGGGGCAAACCAGAAAAGCCAGACUGUAAGAUUCCCAACAAACAGAAGGAAAAGGGAAGCCUCUCUAGCAUCUGAAACGAUUAGUAUACAAGAGCGUCAAGGUUAUUUCGGUGGACCAGCAAUUCCUCAAUGUAAUCAAAACCAAGUUUGUUGCCGCCGGCCACUUAGACCGCAGGCAUCGAAUCGUGGCCAGUGUGGUAUCAGACAUUCUCAAGGCAUCAACGGUAGGAUAAAGACACCAUCAUACAUUGACGGUGACAGUGAAUUCGGAGAAUAUCCUUGGCAAGCUGCUAUAUUGAAGAAGGAUCCUAAAGAAUCAGUUUACGUUUGUGGAGGCACACUUAUUGAUGGACUUCAUAUUAUGACAGCGGCUCAUUGCAUCAAAUCAUACAAAGGAUUCGAGCUGAGAGUUCGUCUAGGUGAAUGGGAUGUUAACCACGAUGUUGAAUUCUACCCAUACAUUGAACGAGAUGUUAUAUCUGUUCAUGUUCAUCCACAAUACUACGCCGGCACAUUAGACAACGACCUCGCUAUUUUAAAAUUAGAGCACCCAGUUGACUGGACCAAAUAUCCUCAUAUAAGUCCUGCAUGCCUCCCUGAUAAAUACACCGAUUACGCUGGACAGAGAUGUUGGACAACUGGUUGGGGCAAGGAUGCGUUUGGAUCCAACGGAAAGUACCAAAAUAUUCUUAAGGAAGUAGACGUACCAGUACUACCCCAUGGUCAAUGCCAACAACAAUUAAGACAGACUCGUUUGGGCUACAACUAUGAGUUGAAUCCUGGUUUUGUCUGUGCUGGUGGCGAAGAUGGCAAAGAUGCAUGCAAAGGUGACGGUGGUGGCCCACUCGUUUGCGAGCGAAGCGGAACCUGGCAGCUUGUAGGUGUUGUGUCUUGGGGAAUAGGAUGCGGUCAGGCUGGUGUACCAGGAGUUUACGUAAAAGUAGCUCAUUAUUUGGACUGGAUCUCCCAAGUGACAGGGAAAUUCUCCCAGUUCUAA